AUGGACAUGAGUUCGAUGUCGGGCAUGGCCAUGUCAACGAUGGCCUCGUCCAUGGACAUGGCCUCGUCAAUGACCAUGGCCAUGUCGUCAACCGGGACUGCGGCGGCUGCCUCGGCCACCAGCACCAUGGACAUGUCGUCGAUGGACAUGGGCGGCGACUGCCAGGUUUCGAUGUUGUGGAACUGGUACACUAUCGAUGCCUGCUUCCUCACCACAUCAUGGCACAUCACCUCGCGGGGCAUGUUCGCCGGGUCCUGCAUUGGCGUAAUCCUGAUGGUCAUGCUGCUCGAGUUCCUCCGCCGCGCCGCAAAGGAGUACGACCGCCUGCUUCUGCGGCAGCACCAGCGCGCCGUGUUCGCCGAGGCUUCCUCGUCCGGCAGCUCCACGCCGCAACGGACCCCGGCGCCUACAUCUGCACCCGAGCUCGCUCCCUCCAGCUGCUGUGACAACACCGAUUCGAUUGAAAGCGAGAAGAACGAGCCCUCCAAGCCAGCAGCCGCCGUUACCACCGCCGCCAGGACCGCCGCUUUUCCGCCGAGCAGGAGGACGACGAGGUUCAGGCCGAACGUCAUGCAACAAGCCAUCCGGGCGUUUUUGCACCUGCUGCAGUUUGCGCUGGCGUACUUUGUCAUGCUGCUCGCCAUGUACUACAACGGCUACCUGAUCAUCUGCAUUUUCAUUGGCGCAUUUUUGGGCGCAUUCAUCUUUUCGUGGGAGAGCGUAGAGGUGGCCGUCGGAGGCGCCACUGGAAUGGGAGUGGAAGAAGAUCCCACCGUCUGCUGCGGUUAA